AUGGCCGAACGCUACAUCCCGGAGCAUCGACGCACCACCUUCAAGGCGAAGAGUGCUUUCAAGCCCGACGAGCUCCGACGCCGCCGCGAGGAACAACAGGUCGAAAUUCGAAAGGCAAAGCGCGAGGAGAACCUCGCAAAGCGCCGUGGCAUUGCUGGCCGGGACGCGCCCGGAGCCUCGCUGGGCGCUGCCCCCGACAGUGAUGAUGAAGGAGGGAAUAUCGAGAGUCAGCUGAAUGAGGAACUCCCUCAGAUGGUCAAGGGAGUCUUCUCCGACCAGAUCGACGAGCAGAUCCAAGCCACCACCAAGUUCCGAAAGCUGUUGUCAAAGGAGCGCAACCCGCCCAUCGAGCGCGUCAUUGAGACGGGUGUCGUGAGCAGAUUCGUCGAGUUCCUCCGUUCGCCUCAUACCCUGGUCCAGUUCGAGGCUGCCUGGGCUCUCACAAACAUUGCGUCGGGAUCUGCUCAGCAGACCCAGGUUGUCAUUGAGGCCGGUGCCGUCCCAAUCUUCGUCGAGCUGCUUAGCAGCCAUGAGCCGGAUGUCAGGGAGCAGGCCGUCUGGGCGCUCGGAAACAUUGCAGGUGACAGCCCGACUUGCCGCGAUUUCGUCCUCCAAGCCGGUGCGCUUCGACCGCUCCUCGCUCUGCUUGGAGAUAGCCGCAAGCUGAGCAUGCUCCGCAAUGCUACGUGGACUUUGAGCAACUUCUGCCGUGGCAAGACCCCACAGCCUGAUUGGCAAACGAUCCAACCGGCUCUCCCGGUCCUUUCAAAGCUUGUCUACUCCCUGGAUGAUGAAGUUCUCAUUGAUGCAUGCUGGGCCAUUUCCUAUCUCUCAGAUGGCUCGAACGACAAGAUCCAAGCCGUCAUUGAAGCUGGAAUUCCGCGUCGCCUCGUAGAGUUGCUGAUGCACGCUUCUACCUCGGUGCAGACUCCCGCGCUCCGCUCUGUUGGAAACAUCGUCACUGGUGAUGAUGUCCAGACCCAGGUCAUCAUCAACUGCGGCGCUCUGCCUGCUCUUCUAUCUCUUUUGAGCUCGACCAAGGAUGGCAUCCGCAAAGAGGCGUGCUGGACCAUUUCCAACAUCACCGCGGGCAACUCAACCCAGAUUCAGGCUGUCAUCGAUGCCAACAUCAUCCCCCCUCUCGUUCACCUGCUCCAGAAUGGGGACUUCAAGACCCGGAAGGAGGCUUGUUGGGCCAUCUCCAAUGCCACCUCUGGUGGAUUGCAGAAGCCAGAGCAGAUUCGGUAUCUCGUGCAGAGCGGUUGCAUCAAGCCUCUGUGCGACCUUUUGGCCUGCCCCGACAACAAGAUCAUCCAGGUUGCUCUUGAUGGCUUGGAGAACAUUCUCAAGGUUGGCGAGAUGGACAAGGAGGCGUCAGAGAGCACCGGCGACCCAAUCAACCGUUACGCGCUGUUCAUCGAAGAAGUUGGUGGUAUGGAGAAGAUCCACGACUGCCAGAACAAUGCCAACGAGGAGAUUUACAUGAAGGCCUACAACAUCAUCGAGAAGUACUUCUCAGAUGAUGAGGAGAACGCGGAGAAUAUGGCCGAGUUGGCCCCACAGCAAGGCCAGGACGGUCACUUCGGGUUCGGAGCCCAACAACAGCAGCAGAACUUCAAUUUUGCGAAUGGAGGCGACUCCAUGGAUAUGUGA